AUGUGCUACCUGAAAAGGAGCCUGAGCAAAUCUGUGAACUCGCUCGUCCUCCACUUUGAGUUUGUCAAGUGCAAAAAUUUAGCGAGCUAUAGGAAGAAGGGAAAGUAUUACAUGAUCAUCUCUUACGACAACUUGCUUUUUUACGAAAAGGAUUUUUACGAAGUUCAGUUCCAAAUAUUCUUUGCCGACAUCCGGCAGAUAUAUAUAUGCGACGAGUCCAACUAUGUGCAUGUCACGCUGAAGGAGGGAGCGUCCAUUAACGACAUAGGCAUCAAGGGAAUAAACAAGAGCAUCCUCGUGAAGCAACUAUGUGUUGCAUACAGCACGUACUACAUGUUCAACCUGAACAUGAAUAUUUACAUGCCAAUUACAAACGAGACGUACGAGGAGAGAUGCCACAGAACCGGACAUCAUUCACAACUGAGGAAGGUCGACCUUUCCGUGCAACCGUUUAUCGGGUACCGCAAAGUCGUGUUCGACGAGUACUUCUUCUUCAUCCACAAGUCCUUUCAAAACUUCGCAUCCGUUUCGAGCGAGAGUACCUUCUACAUCGAUCACAGAGGAAUCGAAAUAAGCAUAAAGAUAGACGACCAGAAGAGCAUGAUCGAGUUGGAUGGGGUUAUAAAAAAGAGCAAAAAGGCGGACAGUAACUUUUACCAGCUGGCGAGCAGCCACCUCAAUUCUUUAAUCAACGACUCCAAAAUACCACUCAUCUUACGCAAAAAUUUUUACUACAAGAAGAUGAACUUAUCAGACGACUUGGCGAAGUGGUCUGGAUACGAGGUCUACUUGAAGAACGAGACGCACACCAUUGUCUGUAUAAUUUUGAGGAGGAUGUUCAUCCCCCCUCUGCUGGAUAAAAGUCAAGACAUUUUUGUCACGUUUAAAAUCUCUCACCAGAGUCAGCAGGAGUUUGACGUUACGGAUAAGGAUUUGCAUGCAGAAGUGUACGUGGUGGCCAACUCGAUAACACCCAAUGACAUUCACAACACCUUCUACGCAAAUCUGAUACAAGUCCAAGUGGAUGCCCUCCUGUACAAUUCCGAGGUGUAUGCAUAUUUCGAGUCGGCCUUAAAAAUAAAGCCGUCCUACUUUGAUCACCUAAAAAUGUUUUUCAAGUCCAUGAUGGUCAUAUUGAAAGAAGGAGACGUGGUGAUUAAUUCUGACGUGAUGGACUUCCUGGGGGAGGACACCAAGGUGGAGAGAAACCUCGAGUACCUCCUGAACGUCAUCCUGAACCAGAUUCCAGGCGUGAACCUCCUGGACACUCACAAAAGCGAACAGAUAAAAAUCAACCGAGUGCUGCACCGGCUCUCCGACUACCUACUCUACUGUUUAGACUCGGGGUUCCUAUCGGAGAAAUUCAACGUAACGGAUCUGAUCAAGGGGGCGAUCGCGAUCAACGCGGACAGCAUGCUGGCCAUGAACGACGUGAUGAAUUUCCUGCUGCACCUGCGCACACGGGACUACUCCGUGGGCUACCGGAAAGACUGCCUGGAGCUUCUUCGCGAGGAGGAAGAGGAAGAGACAGCCGCCAAUGGACCCAAUGCGACAGCACAAUCACUUGCUACUGGCUCCGCCGCACGUCCUACACGUGCUGCGCCUCGCACCAAAAUCGAGCGCCUGUUGGAGAGCGAAGACCACUCAGUUAGCGACUUCCUAUUAUUCCACCUGCACCAGUGCGGCUACAUCAACCAGCAUUGUCAAUACAAACACGAUACAAGUUACAAACAAAUCAUCGCAUGCAUCCUGAAAUACGGAGUAAACAUUAAAAUAAAAAAAAAAAUUUUAAAAAAGCUACUCAUUUUUUCAAAUGAUUAUAAAAAUAAAUAUGACUCGUCACUGAUAAGUGCGAUAAUGUAUUUUCUAGCAAACAUAUGUGAAGAAAAAAAAAGAAAAAAAAAAAAAAAUUUAAGUGUGCUCAUAUUAAGUAUAUUAAUUAACAUCACAAACAACAAUGAUGAAACGAAGAAUGUCCUGAUCAAUUAUGGAAUUCACAAGACAUGUAAUCUUCUAAUCUUAUUAAAUGAUUAUAAUGUAGUACAUAAAGUUGUACUCCUUUAUAUUAACUUGAGUAAAAGUACGUGGAUGUGUGAAGGCAUAAUAAACAGUGGCAUCCUCCUACACAUGAUGGACAUUCUUUUUAAUACUUACUCCAUUAACUUAAAAGCAAAGAAAGAGAUAUGUAUUAACAUCCUUUGUGUCAUUGGCCAAGUCUGUAAUUAUUGUAAAACGUAUGCUCAAUUUUUACUCUCCAAUUGUGUUGAAAUCGUUGCUGCUGCCAUUUGCAUUUACCAGACCACCGACAUGCAACAAUUUAAGAAGGUGAAGUUGAUUUAUUUUUUUAAAAAAAUUUUAAUACACAGUUACGAGAUGAACGAGCAGAUCUGCCUUCAGCUAUGUCCCCUAAUUAUUAAGGAAAUGCAAUCUGCUUCGGAAGACAGAAAUUUUAUUUACUCCUCCUUGUCUCUGUUUGAGGCCUUGUGCUGCUACAAGGUCAACUGCCUUCACAUGGAACGGAUGCAGAUCAUCCCGCUCCUGCGCUUUGUAAAGUCCCUCAACGUCGUGGAGCUCUACAAGCGCGCCCAGCGGAUCGAGGACACCAUCCGCAAAAAUGGGCAGCUUCGGUAA